AACGGAUCUCGAUUUAGAGCGUCUUUCUCACAAAUAAAGUCGACGCCAUGGACUCACUCGAUCGCCCGAGCACGCCGCAGAGCCUCCAAAAGCAGGCGUCGCAACGCUCGACCUUGUCCAAGCAAGAGUCCCGGCGGAUGGUCGAGGCGACAACGGGCUCGUCCCGGGGCACGCUGCUCUCGGUCACGACGCUCGCUUCCAGUACGCACACCAAGCAGGUGCUCACGAUCGAGAGCGUUCAGAUGUGGGCGCGGCACUUGCUCUCGGGUACCGCCAAGGAGGCGCACGCGGCGCUCGCCGAAUUUCACGCGAUUUUGAGCGCGAAUGACGCGACGGCCAUCGAUUUUCUCAUCGCCCACGGCUGCGUGCCCGCACUCGUCCACUUUGUCGUUCGAGACACGGCGCUCAGCGAGACGGCGCGGUCCCUCGAGACGCUCUUCCGCUUCUAUCUCUUCACGUCGACGCAGCGAGAAAAUGCGCCGAACGUGCUCGAGCGUGUCGCGAGCAGCCUCUCGUAUGGCCGCGCGCUCUUUGAGCGCCGGAACGCGCUCCGCGUCUUCCUCUCGUUCGCGUUCACGCAGCCGUAUCCCCCGGGCGCGACGCCGUCCCCGAGUCUCAUGACGCAGAUCCACGGGUACCUGAGCGACCUCGUGCGCGACCUCUGGAGCCCACAGACGCCCGAGAACGUGCUUGAGAGUCUCGAGACGAUGGAAAUGGUCGCCAACGUGCCGGCCUACCGAGGCGCGCUCGCCCACGUGCUCUCGACGGUGGUUGUCGAGAAGCGGCGGCAAUCCAUCUCGGAGAACGAAGACCAAGGGCCAAAGCUCGGCCAGAAGCGCCGGUCGUCCUCCGUGCUCACAGAACUCGUGUCACACCACCGCCCGAGCUCGUUGCUCGAGUCAGGUCUCGGGUUCCUCAAGCGACUCGUGAGUGGCUCCCACGAGACGUCCGACGUCGUUCGCAACGGCGUCCAUGGCCUCGUGCAGCUCAUCGCCAAAGGCAGCGACGUCCACCGCACUCACGUGGCGCUGGUGCUCGAGCAAUUUUUCCCAGAGCCCAGCGACGAGGUCCAGAAGGACGCAAGGAGCGUCAACCGCUGCGGCGCCCUCCUCUGCUUAGCGCUUGUCGGCGUCAUCAAGAACCCGCAUGUGGACGAAGGCCAGAAGAUCCGCAUCAUGCUCGCCAUCGACAAGCUCGUGCGGUUGCCGGUCGCGCGGCGCCACAUGCACAACGCGAGCAUUAGUCCCGAGCUGUACCUCGUGGCCAACCUCGGGUCGUCGCGCUGCCGCAGCGUGGCCGAGCACCUCCUCAACAAGCUCAUCGAACAACCCGACUUUAACGAGUACGUCAAGCCCACGACGUAGACUAAGCUAUCCAUACACCUAAUCCACGAUCCUGCAUUGUAUUCUGCGUCUUGA